AUGGCCCUGGUGAGCCCAUAUGCUCGGCUGAAGAUUAUCAAAAGUGUGUAUACGUUGCAGCACUCGUCAGGGAGCGUCUCCGGUACGUAUCAUCCAUCCCCUCACAUUCAAGGAGGCAAAUUCAAGGAGUCGUUCACCCCUGACCAUAUGUAUUCCACUGUUCUUCGACUGAAAUCAAUUCAGGACAUCACCUGCGGAGACAUUACAAUCCCCAAAGGCACCGUAUUUAUUUUGAACAUCUGGGUUUGUAACACGUAUGCAUCACCAUCUCUAUACCAAACCCAGACGUAUGGACCGAUCCAGACGUGUUCCGACCGGAGAGGUGAUUGGAGCACCCGGAUGCUCCGCUAUUUACGGAUGUGUACUGGCUUUUUGCUGGCCAAUCGUGAGCUUUAUUAUGUCUUCAUGCGAACCCUGGAUAGUGUUCAGAUUGAGCCUAGCGAGCAUGUUGAUUGGCACUCAAUUCAAGGGAACUCGGAUCCGACAAGUUUAGUGGCCAUCCCACAAAGGUACUGGGUUCAGAUUUGUGCCCAAGAGAACGGAAUUGAUAAAUUAGAGAUCCAACGAUCCCCGGGGAUUGUCUUAACAAUACAGAGUGUAUGGAGUAAUAGUGACACGGAAGGGUCGGGAGUAGGUACGGAGUGGUGGGGUGAAGGACAAAAGGCGAAGAGAGAAGGUGUGAAUGUUCAUAGUGGACUGAUCAAUGUCUGA